AUGGCUCCAGAGACUCGCAGCGCUGUUAAAUCUGCAAAAAAUGGUCAACCUGGGCCACCAAUGGUCAACCUGGGCCACCAAUGGUCAACCUGGGCCACCAACGGUCCGCUGAACCUGUGCAAGGUUGAGCAGCUGCAGGAGGAGAUCUGCCAGUAUCAGAAGAGCGAGAAGCAGGGACCGCCACGGGCUGCGCCGGCCGAGACCGAAGCAGUCGCAGCGUGCUCCCUGCAGGGCACAAAGGAUGAAGGGAGGGCUGAAGGGGACCCUGUUUCAGGCAGAGCUGUCUCAGAUCAAGAAGAAAGAUACCAGGGUAGUGAAACGCUUCAUAAAAGGUGCCGAGAGGCGAUGGAAAACGUGGAAGGCAGGAAUUCACAGCUCCUUCACAAGCUGCAAAAACUGGAGCAGGAACACGAGGAUUUGGCUGAGCGCAAUGAAGAGCUGGAAUCAAUUCUGGGAGAGACGCAGAACCAAACCAAGCAGGAGAAGGAACAGUUAGAGAGUGAAGCGGAGGGACUUCACUGGAAAAUCACAAGUUUAGAGACAGAGUUACUUGAGGUGCAGAAGAAGAAAACUGAGAUGAGUGGGGAAGAGGAGGCAUCAUCUGGAGCACAAGAGAUGCAAGAGAUGCUGGAAAGCUGUCAGGAAACGAUAGAAAAAUUGGGGAGUCAGCUGGGGGAGCGGAGAGAACGGAGAAAGCAACUUGCAUCUGAGCUUGAACUGUUACGAGAAGAUCUGAAGGCUGAGAAGAAGGGGUUGCCUGACUCAAAAUCUGAGUUCACAAGCCAUUGUAAUAACUUCCCAAGUCUCCAAAGACCAUCUGCAAGCAGGAGUCUCAUUAGUGUAUCCCAUGAGAAGCUACAAAAAGAUAAUGCUUUAGUAGAUACAGAGGUCUCUGAACUCCUACAAGAAAGAGAUCAGAUUAACAAACUCGAGCAGAAACAUGAAGAUCUAUGUACGGAUGAAAAGACAUACAAGGAACAGAAGGCUAAAGUAGUACUUUUGGAAGAACAGAUCAAAAACUUGAGGGAUGAACAAGAACUGCUCUGUUCUCAAUUACUAGAAAGCAACAAGAAGAGGGAGGAGCUCGAAAAGCAGCUAAAAGAGAGCAGUGAAGAAAAACGGUUGUUACUGGAAGAAGUUGCCCAGCUGCAGCGAGAUAUCCUGAGCGCCCGGGAGCGGGGCGGCAGCGCGCUUGAAGAGACCUUGAGGAUGAAUCAAGGCACGGCGCGGGGAGAGAGCAGGGUUCUCGUGGCGCAGAGCUCCGCAGGCAGUUUAGAUGGGAGCCUUAAACAG